AUGUCAAAGAGGGAAAGAGCAGAUUCCAAAGAAGAGGCUCAAUCCAGCGACCGUCUUCGCUACCAGAAGCAAAGUAUCUUGAGUGUGUGCUACCUCGGCUGCGAGGAUCCUCCCGGCCGUCCAUCGUUUAGCGAGCUUAAAGCGCGUCUUCGUCGUGCCUACGACACUGAAGAAGCAGCCGAGUUACUAUCAUUUGUUGAAGCCCGGGAGGGCGACACGGCGGCAUUCUGGUCUGAGCUGGACUCUGUGGACAUGGACCGGACCGCAGCCCUUCCGCUGGACGCGGACGUCUCGACGCACAUCCGGCUGCUAGCGAGACUAGAGACGGAGCGACACAUGGCCUCGCGGAUGCUGCUGCGCGAGAAGAAGCAGUUGCAAGGGAAGAAAAGAGGUCAGGGGCCGGCAGAGGUGUUCGAUGCAAAUGGAAGCGCGGAAAAGGCGCUCGAGCUGGUGGAAGCGCUGCCUCAGGGGAGCCGCGGCACUCAGGCGACACAUGAAGGGCUCUUCAAGCUGGGGCGCGAGGUGGCGGGCCGUGACGCGCCUCCGGAGCGGCAGGUCGAGUUUGGUAGGUGGAAUGCGUGCGCGGCGGGAGAAGGUUACUUUUUUAGGUUAUGCGCGACUAACGGUGUGUGUGUGUGUGUGUGUGUGUGUGUAAGUAGGGCUUUUGUUGGAGGAGUAUACGUUGGAGUUAUUGCAAGAAUACAGGAAGGAGGCCGGAUUGAAGUCAGAAAAUACAAUGCCGCCCCUGAUGGACGCGGCAGGGGCAGCGUCGUACGCGGACGUGUCCCAGCGGGAGGCGCAGAUCGCGACAAGGCUGCUGGAGUCGCUCGGGGUGCUGCAGGGAGCGGGAUACUUUCAGCGCGAGCCUCGACCGCGGCGAGCAGUGAAGCGAAGAAAACAGGAGGAUGAGAAGUCCUCGGAUGAGUACAGCGUGUAGCGGAUCACAGGAGACGAUGGAAUAGGCCUGCGUUGAGCAUGGCGAUGAUGAGGCCGUGGCCGCACCCCCAGAGGACGGCGUGGAAGCGUGGCAUGUCGUAUGGUAAGGUGGAGUAGAGGCCUGCGAUGAUGAGGGCGGGGGUGGCGCCGAGGGCGGCGGCGGUGGCGAGGCCUACAAUUGCCGAGGCCAAGGUGAGAAGGACUGCGCGCGGAAACGUGCCGGCGUGCAGGACGGAGGCGAAGAUACCUAGGGUGGCGUAGACUCCUGUGGUGACGAAGGCGGUGUACAGAAGGAUAGCGCGCCACAUGGACACGACGGUGGUGAGAUACAUGGAGCGUGUAGAGGGAGAGAGGAGGGAAGGGGAUGGGGGAGAGGAAGAGGCAGUGAAGUGGGAGCGGAUGGCCGGGUGGCCUCUUAUUCUCCGUCCACAGGGGCAACGUGUAACGGGCGAAUAUGAGCACCUGAUACGUGUGGACGUGUACGCGUGUACUGCGAGAAGUAAUGAAUAAACAGGAAGUCUUACACAUGGA